AUGAGCAGCUAUGCUGUUCCUACUAAAUCAGAUAAUACAAAUAGUAAUAACCUAACAGUACCAAGACAUAAUCAUUCUUAUUCAACAUCAAUUUCAUCAAAUGUAACCCCACAAUAUUUCCUAGGUAACAACAACAAUCCUCAGAACAUAUCAAAAUCAAAUUUAUUAAAACCUCAAAAUUCAUCAACAAGUCAAUAUAGAUUAUCAAGAACAAACACAAACACAACAAAUGAAGUAUCAGCAACUUACUUAGGUAAUUUAGAUAAUUUUAGCUUAACUACUAUUGAUAAAAUUCCAAGUAUAAAACCAAGUGUAACAUAUCUGGAUAAAUUAUGGACUCAAAUUGAUGUAUUAGAUGAUGUUAAAAAAUUAUCACAAGAAAUUAAACAAAGAGGUUCAUUUUUUAAUGAUAAAUUUAAUAAUGAGCUACUCAAAUUAAGAAAACUGCAGAAUAAAUUAUUAGAAACUAUUAAUAAUAAUUCAAAAUUUAAUCAAGAAGAUAAUAAUAAGAAUGAUGAAAAGAAAUUAUAUCAAUUAAAUCAAUCUAGAGUUCAUUCUUCUGGUCCUUUAACUAGAGCUACAACUCAUCAUUCCGAAAAUUUAUUAAAAGUUAAAGAAGAGGAGGAAGAGGAGAAUGAAAGUAAGGAAAAAAGCAGCGAAAACGACAAUGACACAAAUGAGCAAUCAAAUCCCAAUCAACCCAACAAAAGAUCAAAAUUAGAAGAAGAAAUGAUUAAAGAAUUUUUUGAAUCUGAUGAAAUUAAUUUUGAAAAUGAUAUAACAUUAUAUUCAAAAGAAACAUUUGAUGAAAUUAAAAAAUAUAUAAAAGAAAUUAAAAUUGAUUUAAAAGGUUUGGGGGAUUCAAUAAAGGAAUUUGAUGAUUCUACAAGUAAAGGUUGGUAA